AUGCCCUUCAACGACGCUGUCGAUACUGCUGAAUUCAAGGCGUGGCUAGUGACGACCAUCGAGCCAUUAUGUGAUGCGGACCCAAUCGUCAUGUCAGAUUAUAUCAUCGCUCUGCUGAAGCACGAUGCGGUGAUGGCGGAGGACGAAUGGAAAGUGUUUAUAUCGAGGGAAUUGGAGGAUUUCUUGGAAGACAAUUCCAGAACAUUCGUCGAUACCCUCUUUCAGACUCUAUCGAAUAAAUCCUAUCUUCCUGCCCCAGCACCAGUGAUAGCACCUACGGCUCCAGCGAUCGUAUCAUCCUAUCGACCACAAGUAUCCGCACCUACAGCUGAACCUGAAGCAGGUCCAUCGACUAUCCGCCCUCCACAAAAUGGUCAGCCAGUCGUCCAACAUAAUGAUGUGGAGAUGAGCGAUGCAUCAAAGGCACCGCAGGGGAACGCGCAAGCUGGUCCGAGGCGUAGAGGAAAAUGUUUCGAUUAUCACGAGAAAGGAUUCUGCAUGCGUGGUACCGCUUGCCCGUAUGAGCAUUCGGACGAUAUGAUACUACCCUCACCGGACAUGAUGUUUGGUGGUCAAUUCCCUCCGCAGAUGAUGGGUGGAUUUCAAGGUGGAGGAGGUAGAGGUAUGGGAAGAGGACGUGGGAGAGGGCGAGGAGGUAUGGGAGGACCUCAUCAGCAAAAUGGUAACGGCCAUCUUUUCGGACCGGGACCUAACCAAGGAAACCCAUUCCCUCAACAACAAAUGCCUUUCCCUUUCCCGUUCCCAUUCCCCCCUAUGCCCGGACAACCUAAUCAGUUCCCACGCGGUCAUCACUCCAAAGAUAUCCCAAGUGAAUAUAUGGGAGUGAACCGUCCACCUUCAACUAGAGAUAUCACCACACUUGUGAUAACCGAUAUCCCUCAGCCUAAUCUCACCGUCCAAGCUAUCCGAGAUUACUUCCAGCAAUUCGGAGAAGUCACCAACGUAGCUAUCGAAGGUAAAUCCAAGAGGGCUCUGAUAAGUUUCGAAAAUAAUCAACAGGCUUUUCAAGCUUGGAAAUCUGAUCAGGCGGUGUUUGGAUCUCGACACGUCAAGGUACUAUGGCACAAACCUCUUCCAGGUAAAGGAUCAGCGGGUCAAGAUGCCCUUGAGAAAAGUUCCGAGCUAUUAGCCAACAUGAAGAAACUAGAGAGUGGACAGGGACAAGAGAUACAGGGGAAUGUUAAAGUGAAAUUGUCAGGACCGGAAAGUAGACUCAAAGCUACUUUGGCCGAAUUAGAAACGACGGAAAAGAGAGCAAAGAAAGAGACGUUGAUAGCGGAACAGAAGGUGCUGUUUAGUAAAACUCAAAAUGCAAGUAAAGAGGAGAAAGUACAGAUAUUAGGUAGAUUGAAAGAGAUAAAUAAAGAAUUGGAUCAAAUUAACAAUCCACCACCGAAAGAGGAAAGUAUGGAUGUGGAAUUGACAGAGAAAGGGAAAUUGGAUAGGGAAUUGGCGAAACAUGGUAUGGAAACUACAGAGGGUAAAGAUCAGGCAGAGUUGUUGAAGUUGAGUGCCCAAUUAUCGGCUUUGAGAGAUAAAGCAAAUACACUCGGUAUCAAUUCAUCUGCACGGUUCUCGCCGUACUCUCGCGGAGGAUCUAGAGGAAGAGGAUAUGGACCGAGAGGUAGAGGUAGAGGGCGUGGAGGGCCUCCUCGUCCAAUGCGACUUGAUAAUCGAUCUCGUACAAUCACCAUAUCAGGACAAGGCAUCUCAAAUGAACACGGACGAAAAGCAGUUCAAGAAUGGUACGAAUCUCAAGGUGGCGUGACGGAACAUGUAGAUGGUGGGAUGAGAGUGACGUAUCCUGCUAGAGAUAUGGCUGAGAAGGUACUGGCAUUGGGAACGAAAGAUAUCACUGGUCUAUCAGCAGGGAUCAAUAUCAAUUGGUAUACCGCACCCGUUGGAAGUCAUGCGCCAGAAGUGGAGAUGAUGGCCGAAGAUGAACCUGUAAGAGGAGAACGAUACGACGAGGAAUAA